UGGGGGGAGUUAUACAAACCUGCCGUAGAGAUUUUAAACGUGUAGAAAGGAGUAACGUGGACUUCGUAAAGCAUGUACAGUAAUUUUUCUUGUCAAAUGAAACACCAAAGAGAGCAAAUUUUGCAUUGUCCUUCUGUGUCAGUUAUGUGAAUCAAAUUGAUUUUGUAAGCUAGCUGGUGUUUCUAAUAAUGGUGUCAUAAUGUGUCUUUUGUAUACAUGUUUGUGUCAUUUCAUUGUUGAAAAGUUUAUACAGAAUUUGGUUUAUUAUGCUCUUAAGGUGUUUAGGGUUCAAUGACGUUGCGUUGUGCCUCGUAAUAGCAAUUUGCUAAUAGACAGUAGUAGUUUGUUGAGUUUAAACUGUAAUACAGCUUUAGACAGUAAACUGAAAGAAUGGAGAUGGGGGCGGCGCAAUGAGAUAGCGACCUGCUGUGGUAAAAACAGUAACAGUUGCGCGGAAUUUGAUAUCGGAAGCUGUGUAUCAUGGAUCAAAAAGAAAAAGACAACAAUGACAAAGUGUUGACAGCACCGUCAAAACCACUUCUUACUGGCAAACAGUCGAUGAAAAGAACGUACGAUUUUUUCAAAGGUUUCUCAGACCCGAUGGGGAAUUAUAUUGAGGAGUUGCUUAAACAGACUGGCGAUUCUGAUUACACACCAAACUUAAACAUAGGCGCUUCACCUAUGCGUAACCAAGAAAACUUUGAUGUCACUCCACAAGUACCAGGUCCAGGUUGUAACAACACCGUAGUAUGGGAAGAUUUUGGCAUUACUGACAGCCCGAUAAUGCCCGACGAACUUUCUGAAAUGAUUGGGAAACCCUUGACAACUGUGACCGACCGUACCUCUUGGACUGCAGGCACCAAAACUGUUUUUGUUAAAGAACCACCCGAAGAUAAAAUAAAUUAUAUCGAAACGUUAAAGACUGAAAACAAUACAGCUUCAGCUCACUUUACAAAAUCUGAGUCCCAACUUUCAUCACUGGACUUCUACAACGCCAGCAUAGUGGCUUUGAAUCCUUCUCAAGUCACGACCAGAACGCAGCCACUGCUUGUAACUGGGGAGCAGGGUACCUCCCGCCACACUCAAUCGCUUUCUCCCGGCUUUUCACAAGGUUAUUCAGGCGGCAUUCACUGCGUGACAGGCAUACAAGUGAACACUUCAGUGGAGCAACUUUCCAAGAAAAGACAAGACGCGGACAGCUUGACUAUGCACAGAGCUGAUGGGCCUCUCCAAGGAAGUUCGAUGGACUUUGCACAAGUGUUGCCUCAAGAGAUAGUGAUGUACAAAAUCAAGAGUGAGCUCUCGUCACCACCGGUGCCCUCCACGUCUUCAAAUCCACACUUCUGGUUUCAAACGGGUGUCUUUGACCCGCAGCAAAAGCAAGCGGGCUACGCAUCAACCUCCGGGAUUCACGGAGGCAACGGCAUGCUGCACAGUUACCCGCAUGCUUAUAUAGGACCAGAUAGCAGAGGCAUCCUUGGCUCUCCCUUCAUCUCCAGUGUGAUACCCCAGCGGCUCUGCCUGAUUUGUGGGGAUGAGGCCUCUGGUUGUCACUAUGGUGUUCUCACCUGUGGUAGCUGCAAGGUGUUUUUUAAGAGAGCAGUAGAAGGUCAUCAAAACUAUUUGUGUGCUGGGAGAAAUGACUGCAUUGUGGAUAAGAUUCGCAGGAAGAAUUGUCCAGCCUGUCGUCUAAGAAAGUGCUACCAAGCUGGCAUGAUGCUUGGAGGUAAACUCCUUUCUUUUUUGAUAUGGGCAGAAAUAAAACUUGUAUUGUAAUAGAUACUAAUAGGUAGACUUCAGAGCCAAAUUUAACCAGUAGUUUCUUUUUGACAGACAGCUAUUUAUAUUUAGCAAAAGUUAUGAAGAAUGAAUAAGGAAUGGUUUUAGUCCAUAUUUCUUUUUGUAUAUAUUUAUGUUUAAUUUAAAUUAAUCUAAUGUGAUAUAAGAAAAUGUCAUGCUUUACCUUACAUAUACACAGCAUGUAUUUAGCAUUCCUAACUGUGGACAAAGAUGCACUUUAAUAUACAGAACUUAACUAGGGUUUAGACUGCUACACUUGUUUUAAAAUGAUUCCACUUUUUUUUUUUUUUUAUCAUGUUUUAACUAUGAUUUAAUAAACUGUUCACGUAUCGAGGAUAAUUAAGCACUUACAUGAUCAGUUUGUAACAAGCUAAUACAUUCUUAUAAUCAUCAAGAUAUAUGAACUGAGAAGAUAUUGCCUGUAAUUACAGCAUUGAGCAUAAGAGCUGGAUAUCAUUGCACAGCUGGGUUCACAAUAAACACUUAUAAGAGAAUGCUUUCAAAGGGCAGAGCUGUAGUUUCUUUUUGGUUAUUGUUCACUGCAUUUGUUGGGCUGGAUUUAAUGCAGCGUUGUGUGUUACAUGUCACAACCUGUCUUCAGGGAUUUGAUGUUCCGAGUAACUCAUGUGAGUAAUUGCUUUUUUUGGGGGGGUGAUAACAAUCUUCAUUCUUUGUUGGCUAAAGCCAUUUUUCUUGGUUCUUUCUGCCGCUAAAGGGUUAAUGGAAAUAAUCAGACUUCACCUGCACCAAAUGUGCUCUAAACAAAGGGAAGGCUUGUUGACCAAAAUUACAGUUGAAGCUGCUCUCCUUGCCAUCUGCAUGCUUGGCAUGUUCUUUACAGUUGAGACAAUUAUGGGAGCACAGUGACCUGGCUGAAGCAUACAUCUCUAGUAGCUUGGCAGCAGUAGCAAAUACAUUAUCGUCACUGUUUUUUCUUGUUUUUUUUUUAUUUUUCUCAGAGCCUCCCACGAAGUUUAUGAGGAAAUUAUAUCUUGACAUUUAAAGGAAAAAGCACAAAAAAAGAGACUGAUUGUAUUGCACUUUUCCAUAGAUGAAUACUGCUUCUAUCGUCAACAGCUUGCUACAGAAAACUAUAGAUUUGAAACCAUGUCAAUAGAACAUUGAUGAGCUGCAGCCGUAGUUUCCCAUAGCAAUCUGUAGCAAUGAACAGCAGUUAACCUGAUUAGAGAUCACCAGGAAAUGUGCUAGAGCAGCAGUUCCAAAUAAUAAUAAU